GCAUUUUACCAGAUACAAAUGAAGAAGAAAUUAAUAAUGUUAAAAAUAAUAUACAAGAUAAAUAUUUACAAAAUCAAAAUAAAAUUGAUAAUCUUUUAUUAGAUAUAAAUAUUCCACUAGAAUUUGAUGACAAUAAUAUAGCUACUGAAGAACCAUUAACAGAUGAUUAA